CCUCCUCCCCCUCUUCUCUUCGCCUUAACCCUCCCUCUCCUCCUCCACCACCGCUUCAUCCCCUCCCCCCUAGGCGGCCGACGCCCCCAUGCCCGCCGGCGCCCGGCCCGACAAGCCCGAGCCGGACCGCGAGGCCUAGCGGUGUUUUUUCUUUCGGCUAGCCGGCCCGCGAGGGAAGCGAUGGCGAAGCCGACCCCGGUGGCCUCGGCGGAGGAGGCGGCGGCGCUGCGUCGCCGGCUGAGGCGGCUGGUGGCUGCGGUGGCGGCCGGUAGUGCCGACGCGGAGGCCUUCGACGAGGCGGCCGAGGCGCUCGCCAAGCUCAGGGACGCCGAGCUCGGUCCCCGCAAGGACCGCGCUGUUGCCGGCUGCGGCGGGGUGAACAAGGGCGGCACGGAGGCCGCCGCGGUCCCGGAGCAGUUCCUGUGCCCCAUCUCGUCGGAGAUCAUGAGGGAUCCCGUCGUCCUCGCCUCCGGCCAGGAGAAGGAAAAGGUGUGCAUAUUAAGUUUUUCUUAUAAUUGGACAUAUGAUCGCCGCUUCAUUCAAGAAUGGUUAAGUGCUGGAAACCGAACAUGUCCACAGACCCAGCAAGUCCUUUCAAAUACAAUUCUCAUCCCAAACCACCUUGUGAGAAGCAUGAUCUUACAGUGGUGCACGGAUAAUGGGAUCACUCUGCCACCAGUUGAGAACCAAGAAGAAGAUCUGGUCACAAACAAUGAGCGGAAGACAUUUAGUAAAAUAUUUGAGAGGAUUGCAUCAUCGUCAAACCUAUCUGAGCAGAGGGAAGCUAUUAAAGAUCUCAGGCUGCUGACUAAGUGCAACAGUUCACUAAGAGCAGCCAUUGGAGAGAAACCAGAUUCAAUCUCACAGAUGAUUUCCACUGUAUCCAACCCAGAGCUAGAAAACAAUGCAGAGGUUCUGGAGGAUAUGGUGACAACUGUUCUUAAUCUUUCAAUUCAUGAGAGCAACAAGAAAAUCAUUGGAGAUGACUCAAUGGCAAUCCCCUUCCUCAUAAGGGCCUUACAGUCAGGAACCAUGGAGGCCCGCAGCAAUGCUGCAGCUGCCAUCUUCAGUUUGUCUGCUCUUAACAGCAACAAGGCGAAGAUUGGUGAACUAGGCGCGAUGAGACCUCUGGUGGAUCUCCUCGAACACGGCAGCAUGAUAGCGAAGAAAGAUGCAGCGUCAGCUAUCUUCAACCUCUGUAUGCUGCAUGAGAACAAAUCAAGGGCCACCAAGAGCGGGGUCAUCGAUGUGACCCUGAAGGCCAUUGUUGACGACUCACUUGUGGACGAGUCCCUGGCCAUCCUUGCCCUGCUGUCGGGCGACCACGAGACGGUGGAGGAGAUCGGUGAGACCGGUGGCGUGGCCUCCAUGCUCCGCGUCAUAAAGGAGGACCAGUGCAAGCGCAACAAGGAGAACGCCGCGGCGGUGCUGUUCGCGGUCUGCAUGUACGACCGCACCAAGCUGCGGGAGGUCGCGGAGGAUGAGAACCUGAACGGGUCCCUGGCCUGGCUCGCGCAGAAUGGCACCUCGAGGGCACGGCGGAAGGCCGCCGGGAUCCUCGACAAGAUGAAAAGGGCCGUGCACCACACCCACUACUCUUGCUAGUGCCCUGCUCGCGCUGCUCGCCAUGGUUGUGUAGUUAUGGGAAUAAGGGGGUGCUGGUUGCUUCGCUGUAUAUAUAAAUUCGGCUGCAUAUAUAGCUACUCUUGGUCUUUGGUUUGGUACAUAUGAGGUUACAGUUUCGGUCUUGUAGAGUAAAAUGGUGGUUUUCCUCUGAAAGCGUUCAUGCUCUUCUCAUCA